AUGGAUUUAUUUACAACGUUUGUAUCUAUCACAGAUGCCGUUGAUCAAGUGUUGUUUAAUGAAAAUAACCGGUUCUUGUUACGAGGACUCAUACUCGAUGCUGGUGUUAAAGAUGUGCCAGAAUCAAUUCCUUUCAAUCGAGUCAUUUCUUUGACACUCAAUGAAACUACUUCCCUUGGAGUUCUUCAAGAUUGUUGCGAGCUUCGAUCAUUAAAACUUAUUGGCGAAAAUGAAUGGAUCAGAUGGAUUAUCAGAAAUAUUCGGCAAAGAAAUACAAAACUAAACCAGCUUACUGUUGUUACUCCUAAAAUUGAAUCUAUAUCAGAAUUAUUAAAGCCUAUUUUAUCUAUUUCCUCAUUACAUCGACUAGAAAUUCAUACUGAUGAGAUAGAAGAAACUACUAAAGUCUCCACAUUGGCCAUAAUACCAAGUUAUAUCGAACAAUUUAUCUUCGAUUCAGGUUCUACAAUUAACUGGAAUGAAUUCUCACUUACCCUACCUGAGUUUACUCGUAUUCGAUUACUGAGCAUUAGUUUGAUUGACCGUAAUCAAAAAUUGGCACCUUCAUUCAUCUUUCAGAAUCUGCGUACUCUUAGUCUCGGACUACUUGAAGUAUCGUUUAACUGGAUUAUUUAA